AUGAUCGACUUGCACCUAAGCGCCCUCCCCAUUCUCCCCUUCUCUCCUCCCCCCAUCACCCCAAGCAACAUCUGCACCGUGUCGGAAGAAGCACCCUCAGGGCAAUCAUCAACCACGGCGCCAAUACAUCCUCCGAACGACUCCCUCGAGGUGGACGACUAUUACAGCGCACCCCCGCCGCUUUCCCCUUCUGAAGCGUCUGCUAGCUCCUCCGCCAGCCCGCCGCCCUUUUCUUCGCUUGAUUUUGCUUUUGACGCCAAUCAGCCCAAGGUCACCGAGUCUGGUCCUGCAUCCCUUCCAGCCUUUGCGCCGCCCCCUACUGAAGAGCCUCUCGAGCCGGCUCCUUCGUCAUCAGUUGUCGCAGACACCAAAGCAAGCUUCUCAGAACCCAAGGGAGACGGGCAAGGGAAAAACUCCGACGACGGUGAACCGCCGCCGCCAUACACCGAAGGCUACAGUCCGCUUGAGUCAUUUACCUACGUGAUGGCUGCAGCUGGAGGUGCCUCGAGCAUCAUUACCCAGGUUCAGCAGACAGGUGGACCACCGAUCAAUACACUGGGAGACAUUGGUGGAGAUGAGCAUAUCGUUCUCGACCUCCGGGGUACCCGAUUUACACUGUCCCGCGAUGAAUUGUUGACCCUGCCGGAGUUUGUUCUUCUGUCUCUUUUCCCUAAUGGUCUUCUUCCUGAUGGGCAUAUGGGCGGUUUCCAUGAAGGCGACAUUUACCCAGUUGACUAUGACCCCGCAUCACUUCAGUACAUGCUUGAUUUCUUCCGCUCUGUUGCCCAAUCCAUUCCUUCCUCGUUGCCUUCGGGAUCGACAUCGCCGGAGUUAGAGGUGCCGGAUGUAAUGCAAAGCUCCGCGCGUGACAUGCUCCAGGACCGUGCAGGUAUCAUCGUCCUUCGUGAAGAUCUUGACUUUUAUGUGAUCCCACCACGACCGGAUAUUGGGCAUGAGGAGAUGCUCGAAGUCAAGCGGGCCGCAGGUCGAGCCCUGUUGAAGCAGGAUGGUAUUUUCUCCGGGCUGCGCAAAAGCGAGGAGCUGGGAUCUACUGAGCAGCACCUGAUCGAAAUGUUGACUGCCGGUGGAUUUGAUCGCGAAGAUCAAUGGGGUCACCGAGCUCCGGAACCAAACAAGGCCGUAAUCUGCAGUCUUGCUUUGGCCAAGCUUCGCACUGACAUUCGGGGUGACCUUUCAAAUAACAAUGCCGUUGGAAUGGCCCAGAAGCUCCUGCUUUUCUGGAGAAAGCCCGCUCGUCGAUGCUGGUGGGAGGGUGUUGACCUGGAUAAUGUUGAAGGCGUUGAUGGACAAGUCAAGGUGUGGAUUCGACGGGUCUGGACUCUUGAAAUGAGUGUCAUUGGACUUCGUUAA